AUGGAUUCACUAACUGUAGAGGAACUUUCUUGCCCUGUGUGUCUUGAAAUCUUUAAGGAUCCUCUUCAAUUAUCAUGCAAUCACAAUGUCUGUAAAGAGUGUCUGCAACAGCUGUGGAGAACCAACGAAACUCGGGAGUGUCCUGUCUGUGGGAGAACAUCCUCAAAAAAUCCUUCCUGUAAUCUUGUGUUAAAAAACUUGUGCAAGUCAUUCCUGAAGGAGAGAAAUAUGAGGCGUUUAGCAGGGUCUGAAGAGAUCUGCAGUUUACACGGUAAGACAAUCAAACUCGUCUGUCUGGAGGACAAACAGCCUGUGUGUUCAGUGUGCAGAAAUACACAGAAAUAUGCCAGUCAAACGUUCAGACCCAUCAGUGAAGUUGUUCCAUCAUAUAAGGAGGAGCUCAAUGCAGCACUGAAGUCCUUACAAGAGAAACUUAAACAGAAAGAAAACCUUAAAAGAGAGUUUGAGAAAACAGUUAAACAUAUCAGGUCUCAAGCUGAAUACACAGAGCAUCAGAUUAAAGAGCAGUUUAAGAAGCUUCGUCAGUUUCUUAGAGAUGAAGAAACAUCUACAAUUAUUGCACUGAGGGAGGAAGAGGACCAGAAGAAGCAGAAAAUGAAAGAAAAGCUGGAUGACAUGAACAGACAAAUCUCAGCUCUUUCACACAUUAUCAAAGAUUUGGAGGAGACAAUGAAGACUAAUGACAUCUGCUUUCUAAAGAAGUUUCCAGUCACGAUGGAAAGAGUCCAGAUCUCACAGCCAGAUCCACAGAUGCCAUCUGGAGUUUUAAUUUAUGUGCCCCGUUACUUGGGUAACCUGCCGUACAGAGUCUGGAAGAAAAUGCUGAACUCUGUCCAAAAGACUCCUGUGACUCUGGAUCCAAACACGGCUCAUCCACAUCUCAUCCUGUCUAAUGAUCUGACGCGUGUCAAAUACAUUUGGGGCAAACAACAGCUUCCUGAUAAUCAAGAGAGAUUUGACAUCUGUGGGUGUGUUCUGGGUUCAGAGGGUUAUAACUCAGGAAUGCACUUCUGGGAAGUAGAGGUUGAAGAGAGUGAAUGCUGGAGUCUUGGAGUAACUACAGCAUCAAACCAAAGGAAAGGACGUGAUUUCUGUAACUCUAAUGUCUGGUGUGUGCAGUAUGAUCCAUAUAGACUGCUUGGGCCUGGUUUUCCUGUUAAACAGGAGCUUAAGUGUGUGAGAGUUGAUCUGGACUAUGAUGGAGGAACAGUAUCAUUCUCUGAUCCUGUAACUUACACACAUAUACACACAUUCACAACCACCUUCACUGACGUCAUCUUUCCAUUUUUCAGUAAUCUUGAUGAACUUAACUGUCUUCGGAUUUUACCAGUUAAACUGUAAAAACAUCAAAAUCACUGAAGCGUCAUCCGAUCUUGUUAAUUAAUACAUUUAAAUGCAUAUACUUGUGCCAUCUUUUGUAACAGACACGCCAGGCUCCAACACCAACCUAUCACAGCGCACACCCUCACCGGAAUACCAAUCACACCCACCUGCUCCUCAUCCACCUGCAAUCAAGCCACUCCCAUAAAAACCACACACACGCCCACGUCACCGUCUGGUCUCGUUCGCAAAUAGGUCAAUACCUACCUGCUUACUCUAAGGACUAACCCAUUACUCUGCUUACCUCUCUCCAGCAUCUCCCAGUCUCCAUCGUGUGCGUGUGUGUGUCCACUACCUCCAGUGUCUUGUGUUCACAACCUCCGGAUCCCUUCAACUCUCCAGCCUCCAGCACCAUAUCCUCACAUUCACUACCUGCUCCUCUGCUUGUGCCUAAAUAAACCGUGUUCUCCUGUUAUUACAGUCUCCUGUCCCUGUGUACCAUAACAGAAGAUCAGACCAAGACCGAUCGGCACAAGCAUGAGCCUCACGGACCCCUUCCAAGACCUCGUUAAUGCUUUGCGUCGCACCCUCACUAACCUUCCAGCAUCCCCAUCACCUACGAGCACUUCUGGUAACAACACCGCCGCUUUUUCACCUGCCGUGCACGCCAGCCCCAUGGUCAAGCCGGCGCCCUUCUCUGGUUCAGCGGAGGAUUGCAGCGGAUUCUUACUCCAAUGCUCGCUGGUCCUGGAGAUGCA